UAUUAUUAUAAGUAUAUAAAAGGGUCUAUCUUUGCCUUGGUGUGUUUUAUUCUAUGUAAAGAAACAUCCUGUUUUCCCAACCAACUUGAAGCUCCUUCCAACACCAUCAUCAUCAUCCAUGGCAUCUCAAGGUCAUGGUAACAAGCUCAUCGUUUCCACAUCACCAAAGAGUGACAGUGGCAGCGGCGGCGGUGGCGGUGCAGUGGGAUCAUUGCCCAAAGGGCAGUGCUUGUGCUCACCAACGACACAUGAAGGGUCCUUCCGGUGUCGUUUGCAUCGUGGGCCUACAGCCUCACCAACAAAUUGGAUGAAGCGCUCCAAGUCCAUGCCUGCUAAUAAGCCUGUGGUUUCUGACUCCACAUGCUGAUGAUAACACCAAAAAAUGCUAUUGUGAGUUAUGUGUUCAUGUGUACCUUUAUAUGAUAUAUGAUAUGAAUCCUUGCUUGCAACUCUUGAAUUUUGGCAGUGUUAAUUAUUAUAUAUAUGGUUGGAACUUUGUUGUUCCACCUCUCAAUUUCCCUCUGCUUAA